CCCGCCCACUGAUAUAAAUACACUUCCGGUAGGUAAACUCCAUCAGUAUUUGUUUUCCCUGGUAUGAGAAGGACACUUUCUUCCCCUACAUUAAUCAUACUGCAGUCUCUCUUCAAGGACGAACCAGGAGAAAUCAGAUCAGACCGGCGGCUCGCUCACCUUUUCCGGUCCAAGUUGUCAUUUGCUAGCUCACUGAGGCUAAUCAUGCUGGUACGUAAAGUCACUCAGAAUGCGGCGCUGUGUAAUGCUGUGCUUCGUCUACCACCGUCCAUGUCAGGGGUCCAGCGCCGAGCAGGAGCUGUUUUAACUGUGCAAACUCUGCGUCCUUAUGUGAGCCAAAGUGCUGAGGCGGUUUUGGAGAAGUCAGCAGCCGGCAGCGAUGUGGCCUCCAAGGCUGAACGAGUGGACAAAAAAGCUGCCAGUGUGGAGUCCAAAUCAUUUGCCGUGAACAUGUUUAAAGGGCAGAUCAGUACCUCACAGGUCUUUCCCUUUCCGACAGUGCUGAAUGAGGAGCAGUCCGAGUUUCUCAGGGAGAUAGUGGGACCUUGUACAAAGUUUUUUAAUGAUGUAAAUGACCCUGCUUUAAAUGAUCAACUGGAGAAGGUAGAGGAUCAAACUUUGGAAGGGCUGAAGCAGAUGGGAGCUUUCGGCCUGCAGGUGCCUGCUGAUCUGGGUGGUGUGGGCCUCAACAACACGCAGUAUGCCAGGUUGGUGGAAAUUGUGGGCAUGCAUGACCUGGGCGUUGGUAUCACUCUCGGCGCGCACCAGUCCAUCGGCUUUAAGGGCAUUCUCCUAUACGGCAACAAGCAGCAGAAAGAGAAAUAUCUUCCCAAGCUGGCCUCAGGUGAAACAAUGGCUGCAUUCUGUCUGACUGAACCAUCUAGUGGCUCAGAUGCUGCGUCUAUCAGGUCUAUUGCUGUGCCCUCACCCUGUGGAAAGUACUUCACCCUCAAUGGAAGCAAAAUUUGGAUCAGUAACGGAGGCCUGGCUGAGAUCUUUACCGUGUUCGCAAAGACUCCAAUGAAAGACGAGAAAACCGGAGAAGUGAAGGACAAAAUCACUGCUUUAAUUGUUGAAAGAAGCUUUGGAGGAGUCACACAUGGCCCCCCAGAAAAGAAGAUGGGCAUCAAGGCCUCAAACACAGCAGAGGUGUUCUUUGAGAAUGUGCGUGUUCCAGCCGAGUGUGUACUGGGGGAAGUUGGAGGUGGAUUUAAGGUGGCCAUGAAUAUCUUGAACAACGGGCGCUUUGGCAUGGCUGCAGCACUCUCCGGAACCAUGAAAGGUGUUCUUGCCAAAGCGGUGGAUCAUGCUGCCAAUAGGACACAGUUUGGUAACAAAAUCCAUAACUACGGAGUCAUACAGGAGAAAAUGGCCAGAAUGGCUAUGAUGCAAUAUGUUACAGAGUCCAUGGCCUACAUGGUCAGUGGGAACAUGGACAGUGGAGCAACUGAUUUCCAGAUUGAGGCUGCCAUCAGUAAAAUCUUUGCCUCUGAAGCAGCAUGGACCGUGACUGAUGAGUGUAUUCAGAUUAUGGGUGGAAUGGGUUUUAUGAAGGACGCUGGUGUCGAGAGGGUCUUGCGAGACUUGCGCAUCUUCCGUAUCUUCGAGGGUACCAACGACAUUCUGCGACUCUUCGUGGCGCUCAAUGGCUUCCAGAAUGCAGGGAAUCAGUUGAAGAACUUACAAAAAGCCCUGAAAAGUCCAUUCAGCAAUGCCAGUUUGUUGGCUGGGGAGAUCACUAAACGUGCCAAAAGGAAAGCUGGCAUGGGUACAGGCCUCACGCUACAGGGAAGUGUUCAUCCAGAACUGUCUCACAGUGGUGCUCUGGCGGUUAAAGCCAUUGAGCAGUUUGGAGAGGUGAUUGAAGAACUGCUUCUAAAACAUGGCAAGCGGAUCAUUGAUGAGCAGUUUGUGCUGAAAAGAGUUGCAGACUGUGCAAUUGACUUGUAUGCAAUGAUUGUCGUACUGUCAAGGGCCUCCAGGUCUUUGAGCCAGGGUCAUUCAUCUGCUGAGCAUGAGAAGAUGCUAUGUGAAACCUGGUGUACUGAGGCUUAUGAGAGAAUCAUGCAGGACAUAAAGUUCCUGAAAUCUGGCACAUCCAAGCAGACCUUCAAGAACCUGCGUGCCAUUUCUGCAGCUGUGGUGGAGAAUGGAGGCGUGGUUUCUCCUCAUCCCUUGGGCUUUUAAAAAUCUCUUUCUCUUACUGCAAUCAGCCAUAAUCCAACAUUUUCUUAGGAAUUGAUGUUUCAUGUUCCAUAUGACUUUUCAGAUCAUUUUGCUCUGCCACACUGGCGGCUAAAGGGAAUUUUUGUACCGUUAUAAGACUCGCUCUAUUAUUAGUCUGUAACAUUAAUAUAAAAUUAACGGAUUAAUGCACGUAGAUUUCAAAGCAGGUAGUGUUUUGGAGUUUGUAUCUGGUGGGUAUAAUAAAUAGGAUCUUCACAAAAAAAAAAAAUCUGAAAUGAAGCCCACAUGUGGCCUUGUUUUGUUAAUUUAUUGUACUGAAGGGAUUUUAACUGAAAAACUGUUUUGUUGUUCGGUUAUAUGUUAAGCUAAUUUUGGCUUUGUUCAACAUUGUUUUGCCAUCAUCAAUACACCCUGUAUAUAAGGCUUUAUAUUUUUAUAUAAACUUUCAGCCUGCCUCAUGUUUUAAA